CAUCAAGAGAACUAUAAUUUACGACCAAUUCAAGUUCUCUACUUCUCCCCGGUUGUCUCCUUCAUACCAAUUACGAUACUACACUACAAAUAAUACUGAGAUCCUCGACUCUCAUAUUUUCUGUUCCCCAAUACGUUGAUUUUCCAGGAACAAAGUAACACGUCAUCUUUGAUAAUUGUCAUUUGCCUAUUCAUCAUUCCCAACCCCCAACCCAACCACAAUAACCACCAGGCUGCCGCAGCCGUGUCAUCUGAAUUACUAGCAACCAUGUCGCCCAAUUCAGCAGCAGCCUCACCAUCCAGUUCACCAACCACCCUCUCAUAUAGUUCGCCAACAACUCUCCCGUCUAGUUCACCGACUACGCCAUCCGAUGUGAAUGCAAACAUCUCGUCAAGGCUACGAUCAGCCAGAGCUCCCAAGCCACCCACCAUUGCGCCGACCCCCAAACCUAUAGGUGCCCUUGACGAUGGUGAUAGAAAAAGGAAACGUAACCAGAAGGACGAUACGACCGAGAAUUCUCAACAGACAAAGAAAUCGAAGUACACCAAUGAAAUUUUACAGUCAGACCUGGAACCACCGAAGACUAAUGAGAAAAAAAGGGCCGGAAGGAAUGGCUCAGACAAGAGUCUUCAUCCCUCUAAGAAGUCACAGCUUACGGGGGGGAGUAAUGAGCCAAACCCGGCAACGGCGAAGAGUAACAAGCGUAAACACAACGAGGAGGACUCCGCUGAGGACCUUCAUUCCUCAAAAAAGUCAAAGCUCUAUAUAGAGAAGCUCAAGCGUGAACUAGAGGAAGCAAAGAAUGAACUCAAAUCGAAGAAUGAUGAAAUUGAAGAGGCUAAGCGACGAACCAGAAAUAUUGAGACUUAUCUCGAAUCCGCUGAGUGCCAGCUUGAAAAAGCGGCUGCCCAAUUUUCGACAGAUUACAAACUGUUGAAAUCCCAGUUCUGCGAUCUGCAGUACAAGGUCGCCGAUUUUACCUUAUUACACUUAGUUGAUGUAUUCGAGGGAGGGGAUCUACCAAGUCACAUCGAGAAAGCGUUUCGAGAAGUAUCAAAGACACCAUUUCGCGAAUUCCUCAAAGUACAAACGCAUGCGGGUUAUUUCUUCCAAGCGGUCAUCUGGCGUUCCCUCGGUGCCAAGUUCUUGGAGAAUCCUUUCAAGCUACUUGGGAAGGGUGACGAAACCGGGGAGUUAUUUGCCGCAGUUCAGUCAGGCCAAUAUUGCGGCGAUGAGGACUUCCUUACCCGUCUUCGAGCAAUCAACGGCGAACUACUUUCCAAGUGCCCAAUAGAUGAGGCGAAGUUACAAGGGCUUAAAGAAGAGCUAUUGGAGUUGGUUGAACCGUUCAUCGCCAAGCAGGAACAAGACAAGAUAGAUACCAAGGUUAAGCCAGGAAUCGAUGCGCUCUUUGACUCUGCCAUAGUACUAGCUCGACAGCUGUAUAGGUAUGAGGACAGGUUUGAAGUUCUCAGAAAACUCCCUUGGGAUACCGAUGAUGUUUCCCAAUCUUAUGACAAUAAGUGGAUGCAGGUACUAGCCUACAACGUAGACGAUAGCAAUGCUGUUAACCUCCUAGUCUCACCUGCAUUGGUCCACUAUAGAACUGAGCGCGGUUCUGGAGAGAGACGAAUGUGGAUUUCCGAACGUGCGUUCGUUUGUUACAAAGAUGGAAAACGAGGCGAGCAUCGCGAUAACCAGUUUAUUACUCUCGACAAGCCCGUGGAAGCCUCCAAGAAGGCGGAAGGUAGCGACACGAGCCCCAAGAAAGGCAAUACUGGAGAAUAGGCGAAUAUUCUGGGGAGGGACUGGGUGGUUUCCAAGCGCGAGAAACUAACAUCACAAGGUAUUCAGGUCAGGCAUAUGGGGAGUAAGGGGUUUACCAGGAACAUUCCCUGGUGCUGAGGUCUUAGG